AUGGAAGUGUACCGUCGUAUCACUGAGCGGGUGCGUGGCGCGCUUUGGGCGCACCAUGGUAGACUCAUGUCGGAACGUCAGUUCCAUCGAAUAUUGGCCUUUGUAUACAAUAACAAGUAUGAGUACCAGAUACGAUUUGAUCGCAUGGAGGUCGUGGGGCGCGAGUGGGGUGGCCGCGUAGAAGUUGUCACAACCCCUGCUGGUUACCUCAAACGCGUACGAGUAAACCCAUGCGUGGAGGAUCUGACACUUUACCAGCAGCAACAACUUAUUCUUUCAGCGUACGCCAGCGCCUGCGCUGAUGGCCGAAAGCUCAUGGAGCAAGCGGAGAUGAACAUUUACAAGCAAUUUCUUAAGGAUUUGAAGCCUAUUGUCAUGGGUAUUCGCGACAACCCAGAGUUUUACACCGUGCCAGAGAACUCUAUUGAGACCAUUGGCGGGGUGUUGCAAACGGGCGAUAGCAAUAAUUUAUGUCACACGCACCGCACCAUCCCCGCGGCGAAGGCUCGCCAACCCACCGACGAAGUUCGUGCUCGGCAGGAGUGGGAGCAGAAGUGGAUAAACAGUCCUAGGGGUCAGUCAUGGGCACUUACGCUCCGCGGUAAAACAUAUUUUACUUUGCACGGACCUCAGUAUCGACCGCGCGGGGCACCUGGAGCGAAGAAGGAAACGUUACCAUUAGAUAUACCAGCACCGUACACAGCUAUGGAUGAGAAGCGACUUCUCAAGAAAAACUGGAUGGCGUACCUUGAUAAUAAGCACGUUGCUGAGGUGAUGUGGACGCGGGUGAAGAUUGCUGACCGGGAGAAGAGGCAACGCCUGUUGCAGGAGACUGGUCGGGCCUGGCAUCGGCCGAUCAAUGAGGAGGCGAUUAACCGCUGGUGA